CGUUCUAGCUGUCUGGAGGAAUCAGUGACAUCAAGGCCAAAGGGGAUUACAGUAAACCUCAAAAUCUGGCGAUCACAACGGACAUCCGUGAUGGUUGCAUUGAUAAUUUCAAUGGGACAUCCAGAUCCAGUGCAGUCCCAUUAGCAGCAGGUCUCUUUGCACUGGUUCUCCAAGCUAAAUCAAUCCUUCAAGGAAUGUCCACCGUCGUCUACAUAGAUAUAAAUUGCCCCAUCACCAAACUGGAGCACACCAUCGCGAAAAUCUCCUACCAAGCCCCCCGCCGUGGCGACGUCUCCCUGACGAUCUGGUCCCCGCAGGGCACCCCCUCCGAGCUCCUCUCGACCCGCAAGAAUGACAACACCACUCAGUCAGUGGACGAGUUUCCUUUCAUGUCGGUAGGGAACUGGGGCGAGAACCCAAACGGGGUGUGGCGCCUGGAGGUUGAGUAUCACCACACCCCACCGGGGGUCCAGUCGCAGGAGGAGGACCGUCCUGAUAUUCCGAGGGGAAGUAGUAAGGUGGCUCGAUUCACCAGCUUCCAGCUGGUGUUGUACGGGACUAAUGAUGAUGCUGACCUGACAACAACUAACGAGGAAAACCCAGCCGUGAACCCUGAUCUUUCAGGACAUAUUGAAGACAACGUGGUCGUUGACCUUUAUAACAAAGAGCAGCUAGAUGAUGAAGAGAUCGUUAUUGACAAGGAUAAUUUAGCCAAAGGAGUAGAAGCACCUCCAAAUACAAAACACAACUUGGACGAUGAGGAUUAUCGCACCAUCAUAGACACCCCUAUGGACUUGAACACAGUCCGAGAGCAACUUGAAGGAAUGAUCUACCAAGACCCCAUGGAAUUCUGUAAAGACGUACGCCUCGUCUUCACCAACUCAAAAAGCUACACCCCAAACAAAAAAUCUAAGAUCUAUUCCAUGACGUUACGUUUAUCAGCACUCUUCGAGGAGCAAUUCAGACCUAUUCUAAGCGACUACAAAUCAGCUCUAAAGUAUGAGAAGCAAUCUGUUCAGGACUCAAGAGAAAUAAAAGCUUGAAAUCGCGCAGGAAAUCACGUCGCCCAUCCACCGAAGCCUCGUCCUCUAACAGCAAAGCCUCGUCAUCUCACAGCGAAGAAGACGAGGAGACAGAGAUCCCUACUCGUGCGGGGCCAUCCAGGGUGGGGCCAUCCAGGGUGGGGCCAUCCAGGGCAGGGUCAUCCAGGGCGGGGUCAUCUAGGGCGGGGCCAUCCAGAGAGAACUCAGCCAGCGUCGCCAGACCUAGUACUUCAAGACAGUUAAAUGCCAAAGAAAGUCCAACCAGUACCAGACUAAGUGCCAAGAACAUUCCGUCCAAGAGUAAAAACUCAGGAAAUCAACGACAUUUACAAAAAGCGUUGCAGAAAGAGUGAAGAGGCAAACGAAAUCCAGCAACACGAGGAAAGAUGAUUCGGGAGAAGAAAGUGAAGACCAAGACGAGAACAGUGAAGAAGAGGAGGAGGAGGAGGAAGAAGAAAAUGAGGAGGAUGAGGGGAAGGAAACAGACGUGGAGCAAGAAAAGAAAGAUGAAGAUGAUGAAGAUGAUGAAGAAAAUGAAGAAGAAGAAGAAGAAGAAAUUAAACCAUUAAGACCAA